AGUCCCCAUCCCCCGGCCCCGGGAGUCACACGGACCCCGGCGGCGGCGGCGGCGGCAGCAUCAGGGCAGCUGCCUUUGCACCGCCUGACCAUGGCGUGGACCAAGUACCAGCUGUUCCUGGCCGGGCUUAUGCUGAUCACCGGCUCCAUCAACACCCUCUCGGCCAAAUGGGCUGACAACUUUGUGACUGAGGGCUGUGCAGGAAGCCAGGCCCACAGCUUCCAGCAUCCUUUCCUCCAGGCAGUGGGCAUGUUCCUGGGGGAGUUUUCCUGCCUAGCAGCCUUCUACUUACUUCAGUGCAGAAUUUGGGGGCGCACAGACUCUAGUGUGGAGCCCCAGCAGUCCUUCAGUGCACUGCUCUUCCUGCCCCCGGCCCUCUGUGACAUGACUGGGACCAGCAUCAUGUAUGUGGCCCUGAACAUGACUAGCGCCUCCAGCUUCCAGAUGCUUCGUGGGGCUGUGAUCAUCUUUACAGGUCUUCUCUCUGUGGCUUUCCUGGGACGAAAGCUGGUGCCAAGCCAGUGGGUAGGCAUCUUUGCCACAAUUGCUGGCUUGGUGGUUGUGGGUCUGGCUGACCUCACGAGCAAGCAUGAAGAUCAACACAAGCUCAGCGAUGUGAUCACAGGGGACCUGCUGAUCGUCAUGGCACAGGUGAUUGUCUCUAUCCAAAUGGUGCUGGAGGAAAAAUUUGUCUACAAGCACAAUGUGCACCCGCUUCGGGCUGUGGGUACUGAAGGGUUCUUUGGCUUUGUGAUCCUCACUUUGUUGCUGGUGCCCAUGUACUACAUCCCUGCUGGUGCCUUCAGUGGAAACCCCCGAGGCGUGCUAGAAGAUGCACUGGAUGCCUUCUGCCAGCUGGGCAGGCAGCCGCUGAUUAUCGUGGCACUACUGGGCAACAUUAGCAGCAUCGCUUUCUUCAACUUUGCUGGCAUCAGUGUCACCAAGGAGAUGAGUGCCACCACCCGCAUGGUACUGGACAGCCUCCGUACUGUGGUCAUCUGGGCCCUCAGCCUGGCACUGGGCUGGGAGACUUUUCACCCGCUGCAGAUCCUAGGCUUCUUCAUCCUCCUGGUGGGCACAGCUCUCUACAAUGGGCUGCACCAGCCCCUGAUGGCCCGUCUGCCCUGGUGUCAGCCCCCAGCUGAGGAUCAUGAGCGGGAAAGCCUGCUGGGGGGCAACCAUACUCCCAUUAAUGAGAACAGCUGAAUCUCCAUCAGCUCUACCAUAGACUGAACCCUGAAUUUUAGACUCCUUUUCCCUGAGGACAAGCAUCCCUGAGAUCCUCAGAAGGAACCUGGGAAAUAGGGUAUCUAAGGUCCUUUCUCCCACCUUGUUGCCUUCUCCUUCAGGAAGACACUGGAUGUGCCACUGGAAUUGGAACCUGGCUCUACUGUCACUUCUUUUAACAGUAUUUCUCAGCUUCCUUUGGUACAGGACAUACCCUAAAAACCUGCGGAGGACGCAGAGACCCAGGAGAAGGGCUUGGGUUCCCCUGCAUCUGUCUCCAGUCUCAUUAUGUAGAGUGGUGGACUGAACCAGGCACCACCUGAAUUGUACUGAUUUACUAAAUCAUAAAUCCAGACUGAAUAUUAAUCAUUUCCUCUGAAUCAUGAAUCAAAUUUAGUUUUCUAAAAAAAAAUAUCACUUCAGAACCAGA